AUGCACCAACACCCACGCCCCUCGACAAGGGCCCAACCUCCGGCCCCCAUGCCAUCACCCAACCCUCAAAGACAAUCCAACCCGAGAGACGCCAUGUCGAGCCGAACGUACUCCAACGAGGACCUGUCAUCGGGCAGCCAGCCUGUUCGUUCUUCUGACGGCAGGGAGCAGACUUCAAAAGAUAGGGCCAACUUGGUUGUUCAGCACUUCUUCACCAAAGCUGCUCUCAUCAUCUGCUCAUCCCGAGUCAGUCUAUCUCCUGCCAUAUCCAAGACUGGAGAAGCAAAGAUCGAUAGAUGGUUCAAUACCUUGAUAGAGGAAACAGACAUAUUGAACCAAGACUUGCAAGAGUGGAGGUCUAUGGAUGCAACUGUAGAAAGACCCCCUCCGUUGGUGAUCGAUGUUUACCUCGACACUGCCCAACUCGCCCCCAACCAGACUCUGGUCGCUAUAGAUGAAGAAGGCAAACCGUGGGAUGUAAGCGAGACUCUGAGAAGACUCGAAGCUUCAGCCCCGACGCCUCAAAAUCACACCCUCUCCACUUUCGUAUACGAGAGAUGGACAAUUAGCCUGAACGACGCUUCAUCAGUGUCUCCGGCUACCCUCAACGAACCUGCACCUAGCUUUUAUAAAAAAGGUGUCAUCACAUGCAGAGCACUCUGCACCUACGCACGACUACUUCCGGCGUGGAAGCUAAGGACUCGUCUUGGAAAGCAAGCUGCGACUGGUCCAGCCACCUUACGACCCCGGUAUCGUGUCUCAGACGGAUCACUCAAUGAGAAAUCACGAGUAGACACUCUGAGCUGUUCCAUCUUCCCUUCAGACAAACGCCCAACUGAAACGUAUCGCUUUUCGCCUCUGCAUUGCCCUUUGGGAUCUCUCAACAUCUCGGUCACCUAUCGAAAGAACCUUGAUCUGCAAGUUGAGCUUUCUGAACGCCUGAUUAGCGCGCGGAUGGCUGGUCACGAACGCCCUGACAGUGGUCUUUCAGGCGAAUCGAGCAGAGAAAGAACUUCCAUGGACCAGGAGCGCCCUUCUUUGCGUUCACAGCCGUCCAAGUAUUCCUCAUCCUUCCAGCGUACUGCGCAAAGAAAUGCAAACGCAGGAACAUCACCUCGAACAAGCACUCUCCGUGAGCCUGCCGAUCGCCCUUUGUCAGCACAAGCCGAAACAUCACAGCCAUCGCCUUCAUCACAGCAAGACGAAUCACUUCGUCGCUACUCUUCACAAAGUCUGAGAGAUCGAGAAGCGUCUCGCUUCACUCCCUCAUCCUUGAGAGAGCAGAACGCCUUCCAGCGUAGACCGUCUGUGUCGUUCCAACCCUUCAAGGCUGGCUCUUUGUCAUCAUCGCCCGCAGCUGGUAACUUCCUGUCCAGUUCGCCGAGCAGUUCUGUCGGUCGAAGCGCGGGCAAUCCAUUGCUAGCACACGCUAGAAAGUCUUCGUUAUCGACACUGCCCCAAAUGGCUCUGCGCAAUCCUGGCGCUGUAGCCGAGACAGCUGUCGGCUCUUCAGCAUCAAGCUCACCCAAACCUGCUCCUAUCCAGAGAUACUCGUCGAGCUUCAGCAAUAGAAGAGCACGAUUCCCUUCAGUGUCCAGCAGUAGAGUUGAAGAAGACAACAACAGCAGUGGCAGAGCCAGUGUCUCAUCCACUAACCGUGAAUCAAGCACACUCCAGGAAGGCGAAGGAGGUGCCAGCUCAGGCUCAGUACAAGCUGACGAGGACAACAUCGCCGACUUUCUCAAGUUGCUCGACAGGAACAAGGGCUUAUCGAGUCUCAACAAGACUGAUAAAGCUUCUCUGAGCGCUAAUUCGCAGCGCGCCGCGACGCAAUUCUCCAAGUUCUCGCGUAUGAAGGAUUCAACAGCCCAACUUUCUGAGUCUAUGCAAUCGUCAACGAUGUUGCACAGAUCUUCCAGUUCGUCGAGUCGACAAUUGCAGAAUAUCCCAGGCAUGAGUCCAGGUUUGAUUUCGACUUCGUCUUCGCCUGGUAAACCCAUCUCACCGCACACACCACACAUACCCGCCAUCCCCUCACGACUGAGUAACAACAGUAUCACAGCAGACUACACACGUGAUCGCAGUCGUAGUCGUCUCUCCGGCACACACAUCCAACCAUCCAGUGAUGGGGCUAGAGACGUAUCUUCUCAACCACCUACACGAGGUUCGGGUACACCUCUGUCCACAGCAAUCGAUAUUCCAACAUCCCCUCGCACUUUCGUCUCGAACCGCCGCUCGUCGUCUACAACACAGCAAGCACGUGCAAGAGGAGUUACGAGUGUCGAGGAUCAGGAUGCAUAUGGCAUGCGCUCAGCAAGUAUGCCCGUCGCUGAAGGUGGUCGAAGCGAGCUUAGUCUCUCUGAACUGCUCUCGCAAGGAGAGAGUGGAAUCGGUGGAUCAGGUGGUGCCAGCAGUAGACGCCGCAACCGUGAAGGCUCUGGUACUGUGGAUGAUGACGAGCCCUUGCUUUUCGCUUUGGCCGAUUGA